UGGCUGCGCUGUUCUAUCCCCCGCCACUGAGAGCAAGUUCAACCCAAGUGAGAAGCAUCGCAGGAGCGCGACUCUGGGAACACUCCAGCGACUGGUUGUCACUCGGGAACCUAACAGGAUUAAUACCCGGAGAUGGAUUACGCUGUCUGUCACCAAUUCGCCUAAAGAUUAUAAUCCAAUUUAUGCCCAUUACAGUCAGUAUUAACUUUAUCUGCUAUUUUAAGACUCCCAGUUGUCCCUGGCGUCCUCAGAGGACAAUCUUCCACGUUCUGAUGCAACCCAGCAGGCUGUCAGGAGGGGCAACCUCCCCAAGAAAACAACUCCCAGCCUGGUCCCCGCGGGUCUGCACCCAGCAGCACUCCCAGUGUGCCGUGCAGGUGAAGCUGGAGCUGGGGCACCGCGCCCAGGUGAGGAAAAAACCCACCGUGGAGGGCUUCACCCACGACUGGAUGGUGUUCGUGCGCGGCCCGGAGCACAGUAACAUACAGCACUUUGUGGAGAAAGUCGUCUUCCACUUGCACGAAAGCUUCCCUAGGCCAAAAAGAGUGUGCAAAGAUCCACCUUACAAAGUAGAAGAAUCUGGGUAUGCUGGUUUCAUUUUGCCAAUUGAGGUUUAUUUUAAAAACAAGGAAGAACCUAAGAAAGUUCGCUUCGAUUAUGACUUAUUCCUGCAUCUUGAAGGCCAUCCACCAGUGAAUCACCUCCGCUGUGAAAAGUUAACUUUCAACAACCCCACGGAGGAAUUUAGAAGAAAGUUGCUGAAGGCAGGAGGGGACCCUAACAGGAGUAUCCAUACCAGCAGCAGCAGCAGCAGCAGCAGCUGUAGCAGCAGCAGCAGCAGCAGCAGCAGUAGCAGCAGCAGCAGCAGUAGCAGCAGCAGCAGCAGUAGCAGCAGCAGCAGCAGCAGCAGCAGCAGCACCAGUUUUUCCAAGCCUCACAAAUUAAUGAAGGAGCACAAGGAAAAACCUUCUAAAGACUCCAGAGAACAUAAAAGUGCCUUCAAAGAACCUUCCAGGGAUCACAACAAAUCUUCCAAAGAAUCCUCUAAGAAACCCAAAGAAAAUAAACCACUGAAAGAAGAAAAAAUCGUUCCUAAGAUGGCCUUCAAGGAACCGAAGCCCAUGUCAAAAGAGCCAAAACCAGACAGUAACUUACUCACCAUCACCAGUGGACAGCAAGAUAAGAAGGCUCCUAGUAAAAGACCCCCCAUUUCAGAUUCUGAAGAACUCUCAGCCAAAAAAAGGAAAAAGAGUAGCUCAGAGGCUUUAUUUAAAAGUUUUUCUAGCGCGCCACCACUGAUACUCACUUGUUCCGCUGAUAAAAAACAAAUAAAAGAUAAAUCUCAUGUCAAGAUGGGAAAGGUCAAAGUUGAGAGUGAGACGUCAGAGAAGAAGAAAUCAGCUUUACCGCCCUUUGAUGACAUUGUGGAUCCCAAUGAUUCCGACGUGGAGGAGAAUAUGUCCUCUAAAUCUGAUUCUGAACAACCCAGUCCUGCCAGUUCCAGCUCCAGUUCCAGCUCCAGCUUCACACCGUCCCAGACCAGGCAACAAGGUCCUUUAAGGUCUAUAAUGAAAGAUCUGCAUUCUGAUGACAAUGAAGAGGAAUCAGAUGAGGCAGAGGAUAAUGACAAUGACUCCGAAAUGGAGAGACCUGUAAAUAGAGGAGGCAGCCGAAGUCGCAGAGUUAGCUUAAGUGAUGGCAGUGAUAGUGAAAGCAGUUCCGCUUCCUCACCCCUCCAUCACGAACCCCCGCCACCCUUAUUAAAAACCAACAACAACCAGAUUCUUGAAGUGAAAAGUCCAAUAAAGCAAAGCAAGUCAGAUAAGCAAAUAAAGAAUGGUGAAUGUGACAAGGCAUACCUAGAUGAACUGGUAGAGCUUCACAGAAGGUUGAUGACACUGAGGGAAAGGCACAUUCUGCAGCAGAUUGUGAAUCUUAUAGAAGAGACUGGACACUUUCAUAUCACAAACACAACGUUUGAUUUUGACCUUUGCUCGCUGGACAAAACCACAGUCCGUAAACUACAGAGUUACCUGGAAACAUCUGGAACAUCCUGAGGAUACAACAACUGGAUGCAUCAAAAACUAUUUUUUUUUUUGGUUGUGAUUUUUUUUUCUUGUUUGUUUAUAUGAAAACACUCAGAAUGAUGCAACCAAAAGGGAAAAAUAAAAAUCAAACAACCUUCAGCUUUAUUUUUCUUUAAAGCCAGUCAUCAUCUCUUGAUAAAGGAGAGGUUAAGAAAACCAGCCUCAGCGGACCACUCUUCUCUCCAAGGAAACUCUCUCCGGGAAGAGUUAGCCUGGAUAGCCUUGAAAACAAACAGAUCAAACACAAUACAAGAAAACUUAAAGAAUGUGUAUGGUAUCUUGUAUCUCUCUCUGCGGUGGUUCGUUCCACAGGACGAAUGCAUAUUCAACACACUGCCUUAUUACAUAACUGAUCUAUUUAUUAUCGCAUACAGAUAUUCUAGAGUCGUUGAGGGAAUGACACCACAAGACAUUCUAAGUACUUGGUCCCGUGGAUGCUCUUUCAAUGCAGCGCCCUUGCCAUCCCAAGCCCAGUGACCUUACUCGUAUACCGUGCCACUCUCCACCAACUUUUUCCAAGUCCCUUAACUCGUUGCAGUCUGUAUUUUUCACCUUGUUUUUCCAGUUCCAGGACACAACUGAUCAACUGGGGGGACCAAACAGCCACCCUGAUUUUCUUCUUUGUGGUCUUUUUCCUGAAAGUUGGGGCCCAGUCUUUGGCUGUAUCCAUAUAAUGAUCUUGGACCAUGGUAGAAAACGCACCAAAUAGGAUCAUAUGACUUGCUGUCUAGCCUUAGUCAAUAAAUCUGUAGGACUUUUAAACAAAUGUGUACCUGUAAACGUCCUGCAUUCAACACUGUCGAGCUGUCAUCAACAUCUUGUGUCUAUUUCACUGUUACAAUAGUAGAUAAAUAUGGAAGUGAAUGCAUUCCACAGGAUCAUCAUUUUUUUUUAAGAAAAAAAAAAAAGGAAUUCCAGUUCUGUUUUCUAAAGAAAUGUUGUAGAAAUUCUUAAUUUGGAGCUAUUUAUUAGAGUUUCAGCUUUCUUCAGCUGCCAGUGUGUUAUCCAUCUUUAUCAUCAAACCUGGAAUAAGAGAUUUUUGUUGGUUCACAUAUGAUCCUUAGACUCUUUUCUAUUUGAAAAAUUAAAAUCUUGGGGGGGGGGAAAUUCUUGGUUAUUCUGCCAUAACAGAUUAUGUAUUAACUUGUAGAUUCAGUGGUUCGAUACCUGUUUAGUCACUUGCUUAUGUUUCCAGAAGGAUUUCUUGUAUUGGUGAAAAUAAAGAUGGUUGGGGAGGGGGGAUAUUUUUGUUCUUGAUGUACCCUGUUUUGAAACUAGAAAUCUGUCCUGUGGCAUGCAAAAGAAAGCAAAUUAUUUUUAAAAGAAAAAAAAAAGAAAACAAAACCAAAGUACUUUUGGUGUCAUUAUUCCAUCCCCCAUAAAUGGAGAAACACAAAAAUGAAAACAGCUCUUCUUCCAAGUUUUUGCUAGGAACUCAGCCGAAAAGCAAAGAAAUGAAGAAAUACUUCUGGAUCCAAAGGUUUGUUCACUGGAUCAGCCUUAAGAAAGUCUCUCUGUGUGCUCAUAGACCAGGGUCUCCCUUGUUGAUCCCCAUACGCCAGAUGCUGUCUUUUCAAAGAGAGAUUAACACGUGUCUGUACAGAAAAUGGUCUUUCCAGACCCAUUCUUUUGGGCAGUAAUGUAAAUGCAGAUAGAUAAAGAGUUAUUUCUGCAUUUUAAAAAGGGGAUUUUUUUUUUUUUUUACACAUUGCUUAUUUCUACCCAAAGACUAUUUUUUUUCCUUAAAAAAAAAGUAAAUAAAACACAGCGAUGCUCCUUGUAAAUUACUUCUCAGAAGCGUCCUCCCUGAGGACAGGUAUAUACUUUUUCAAUAUUGUUAAGAUUCUUGGUGACUGACAUCACCAUCCUGAAAGCAUUGGUUUUGUAGUCCACCUCUUAGUGUUUAAUUACAGAGAAACUUUCUGCAUCAUUUUGGACAUUAGGUGACUGAUGAAUUGUGUGGUUUUAGUUGUGUUUUGUUUCAUUUUUAACUUUAGAGGUGAAAGGGGGGAAGCAGUGCUUCUAUGGAAUUGCAAAAUUUUAAAAUCUUUUAAAACUUCUAACUGCUAAUCCACAUAUUCUUACUAAGCCAGAAAUGUGUGUGGUUUAACUAAAAUAUCUGUGCAGUUUAACUAGAAUUGUAUAUGUACUUUGGGCCAUUUUUAUUUUUGUAUCUAAAUUGUGUGACAAAAACUAUGAUUUGGCAAUGAUGUUUCUUUCAUUCCCUAGGUUUUAACCAAGAAACUGGUUAGCAUAAGAAUUAACCUAACAAAAGGGUAAUGAGAUGGGGAGCUAUUACAGUGGUAAACCUUAGGUCUAAAAUUUAGGUAAUAAAGCAGAUGGCUUCAGAAUAUCAUCAGAAUUUAGGUUUGUAAAUUGAUAAAAUUGGGGAAAACUUACCCUUCUAUUACUCUGAGAGACAGCCAAACGAGUUUUCGGUGAAAUUCCGAUAGAGUAAGAGUCACAUUGAUUUUUUAGAAGUUGAACUCUUGCUCUCAUCUGAAUUUUAAAUGCAGAAAUAAUAAAUCCCCUUUCAAUUAAUUUCCAAUGGUUAUAUUUAAAAUAACCCAUUAAAAUAACCCACUCAAUUCUGCCACAUUGAUGUACACUCCACCUUUGAAACCUAUUAAAAAAUUUGUGGCACGUGUGUAUUCCAAGAGUGGCUUUGGUUUUUUAAGCACAAAGGGAAAAUGGCAGGGCUUAAUUUCUUUGAUAUAUAUAUAUAUAUAUAUAGAUGUUUCAAAUAAAAUUAAUUAGGUGAGUGUGAAUAUGGUUUGAGCCAGCCAGAGUAUGAUAAAUUGUCUUUAAAAUUUUCCCCAGGAACUUGAGGGAAAAAACAAAAACAAAAAAACAAACAAAAAACCCACUUUUGUACAGAACUCCUCCUCCACUUAUAAAUUACCUUUUGCCUCUGGUUUUGCAGCAGGAUACGUAGGAGAGGGGGUGCCUCCUCCUUAGCAUAUAGCAAUCAUAUUAGCAACAAAAUUGCAGCUAUUUUGUAUGUUCACCAUAAUCUACCCCUCUGUGUAGACAAAUAGGUGUCUAUGUAUGCUUGUAUAUCAUCUCAAAGUAGGGGAGAACAUAAAAACUUAAGAUCAGGAAACAACAACUCCAGAAGAAACAAGGCACAUGAGAGUGUCCUAUACAUGUUUAAGUUGGCAAGCAAAUCUAAUCUGAAUGAUUACCUAUGUUUUUUUGUGGAAAGAGCCAAUCAAAUUGAUUUUCUUCCACUAAAAACUUUCUUCCACCAAAAACGUUUCUGCUGAUAACUUUUACAGACAGAGCUAAUCUUUGAAAAAGACAAGUUAGGCCCACAUAAUAUCCCAUACUCUGUUUUAAGCCCCCACAUGUGUCUACAAGUUAACAUACUUGUUUAAGAGACUUUAUUCUUCAGUGUUUUCAUUCUACCUGUGUAACGGAGUUGGAUGGCCAAUGUUUGUGUUGGAUGGUGGUUUUUCUCACUGUGGAGGUGAUCAGCUCUGGAUUAGUUUGCUAUAUGCUCGUUACUCUCCACCCUUAGCAUUUUGGAUAUUGAUGCUGUGUACUACAUGCAUACACACCUCGACUCUUGCUUGGACUGUGGCUCUAAAACUGUGACUACGAUGUAGAGACAACUACAGCUGCAAUGAAUGGUGAGAAGUUGAGUCCCAGGGUUUAGUUUGGUCUUGGGCUAGAUGUCUACGUCUUUUGACCUCUUUUGUAUUAUGUGAUGCUUUUGAUGAUGUAGGCACUGCCACCCCUGAAUAUCCCUUCUAAAGAAGUCAAAGCCACCAGUGUCUGUAAACUGUAAAUAUGUAUCUUUGGCAUUGUACUCCAGUAUGCUGAAAAUAGAGUUACAAUGGAAAUGCUGACAGAUCCUUAAUGGUGGCCAGAACUACCAUGCAGUGCAAAAAUAAAUUAAUUGUAUUCUUGAGAUUAA